CUCAGCAAUACCUCGCCAGUUGCACAUAAAAUUUCCCUGCUCCUGCAUACAGCGGUCGAAUUCGGUAUCAACCCAGGCAUCAGUAUCGGUAUAAUUCAAAGUACGGCGCCAGGUGUGGGUCUGUCCUUCACUCUACCAACAGAGGAGCAAGCACACGGCAUCGAGUGUGGCCAGGCCAGAGCCAAGAACCUCAAAACGCGCGAAAGAGCUCAUAUGUUCGCGCUCAUACUUGCCAUGGGGCUAGCGCGCAGUACAAUCAGGCGAAAGUGCACU